GUAUAACGUUCAGGUAUAUAACAUCGAUAACAGACAUGUCGAUAUUUCAUUUUGUCAAUCACUUUAUUUUGCCACAAAAACUUCUAUGUCUGCUUAUGAAUAUUAUAAGAGUUCACAGCACAAGGAAAAACUUGAGCAGCUGUCUCACUCACUAAGUAACGCCAUAUCUUUUUUUUUUAACGAACUGGUUUGAAGAUUUUUUGGUUUUAUUUUUUAUCUGGUCAGCGCCUCAUCCCAAAGUGAAAACGCGAAUUAUUAUCACCUGUUAUCACUUGAAUGAGAUAGAAGUGUGUGUGUGUGAAUACAAACUUACUUGGUUUUGUAGCAGUAUUGUGGUGUUUAUAACGUGCUCCGCAAGAGUAGGGCUCCAGUUGCAGAUGCAUAUUUGGCACUUGAAACGUUCUCGGAGGUGAAUGUGGGGCUUCGAUAUGUUGUGGAAAUUUCUAGUUGUUGCUUCUCUAGCUUUGGGAGUAUUUGGCCGCUCCACGGUCGAUGGUCCUGACAAUGCACCUUUUGAUGAGUACACUCAACUAGUGAUUAAGGAAUAUUGCAAUGUCACUCAUGCCGAAGACAAGGUGUCAGAAGUCAAGUCUGCAAUGAUAACAUUGGACAAGUGUUUGAACGGCGUGAUCGAUUUUGAAACUUUCGCGAAAGAAAUGGAAAAGGCGGAGAACAGCGGAGUAUAUGACGAAGUCAUCCAAAAGUACUGCCCUAUAGCUCCGCAGAUAAAGGAAUGUGUCAGCGAGAUGGUCAAAGGAGUGGCUCCAUGCCUGCCGGCCGGAUUGGACCGUGCCGCGGUGAAGAACGCCAACGCCCUGAUCGACUUCGCUUGUGAUAAUAAAGGUGCAAGGAUGACCUCAUUUAUUAAAGAAGAUGGGCCACGGUGCAUUAGGGAUAAGAUGUUUUAUAUUGCAUAUUGCCAAGAUGCCAUAACGGCAAACUUCACGAAGUAUACAAAUAGCUCCGGAGACGGAAUAUCUGCUAUAGCUAGUUCACUGUACACUAUAUCUGAUAAGGAUUGGUGUGUCUUGGUGGACCAGAGCUUGGAGUGUCUGGUGAACGUAGCAAAGAGUUGCCCGAAGCCAGCCAUCGGGAAACUGGGCCAGGAGUUCCACAACAUCUACUUAGAAAGCCUGUCUUGCCCAGAGGUAACGCAACAUGCAACAACAGAAUUAGUCGCAGGAACUGAAGGAGCAGUAGAGACUACAACUAGAAGCUCCGAUGCGGGUAAAUAUAUAUCAAUCAGCUUAUGAAAAUAAAACUUCAAUUAGAACUUGAGAUAGUUUAGUUGAGAUUUGGAACAGAGAAAACGAACUGAA